AAGACUUUUUAACUUCGACAUUAUUAGAAGACUGUCAUUCGUCUUAUUGAAGCGAAGGUGUUGAGUUGUAUUUUAAAAAGUAAAAACAAAAAACUAUUUAAACAUGUCUAAAAUUGGUAUUAAUGGAUUUGGCCGUAUUGGUCGUUUGGUAUUGCGUGCCGCAAUUGACAAAGGUGCCCAAGUUGUUGCAGUAAAUGAUCCAUUCAUCAAUGUUGAAUAUAUGGUUUAUUUGUUCAAAUAUGAUUCAACCCAUGGACGUUUCAAGGGCACAGUUGCUGCCGAUGGUGAUCAUUUAGUUGUCAAUGGUCAAAAAAUCAAAGUAUUCUGUGAACGUGACCCUGCCACUAUUGACUGGAAAUCAGCUGGUGCUGAAUAUGUUGUUGAAUCAACUGGUGUUUUCACUACAAUUGAAAAAGCUUCAGCUCACUUCAAAGGUGGUGCCAAGAAAGUUAUUAUUUCUGCCCCAUCAGCUGAUGCACCCAUGUUCGUUUGCGGUGUAAACUUAGAUGCUUAUGACCCAAAAAUGACAGUCGUAUCAAAUGCAAGUUGCACAACAAAUUGUUUAGCUCCUUUAGCUAAAGUUAUUCAUGAUAACUUUGAAAUAGUUGAAGGUUUAAUGACAACUGUUCAUGCUACAACAGCCACACAAAAAACUGUUGAUGGUCCAUCUGGAAAAUUAUGGCGUGAUGGUCGUGGUGCUGGUCAAAAUAUUAUUCCAGCUGCAACUGGUGCUGCUAAGGCUGUCGGUAAAGUUAUUCCCGCUUUAAAUGGUAAAUUAACCGGUAUGGCAUUCCGUGUACCAACACCAAACGUAUCAGUAGUUGAUUUAACAGUUCGCUUGGGCAAACCAGCAUCAUAUGAUGCCAUUAAACAAAAAGUUAAAGAAGCUGCUGCUGGUCCAUUGAAAGGUAUUUUGGAUUAUACUGAAGAAGAAGUUGUAUCAACAGAUUUCCUCAGUGAUACACAUUCAUCAAUCUUUGAUGCUAAAGCUGGUAUUCCAUUGAACGAUAACUUUGUCAAAUUGAUUUCAUGGUAUGAUAACGAAUUUGGUUAUUCAAAUCGUGUCAUUGAUUUAAUCAAAUACAUGCAAUCAAAAGAUUAAAUCUAUAUAAUAUAUAAUUAAUGCGCAACGAAACUUGCACAACAUCAUCAACAUUUGACAAAUAAUGGAAAUAUAAUUUAAAAUAACAUUUUAUAAAUUGAAAAUCACCCACACCACCAAUUCAAAAUAAUAUCAAAUAAAAUAAAAAAGUUAUAUUUUAAGAAAAAUAACAUCUGUUUUUAAGAAUAUAGCAAUGUUUUGUUAACUUAUAAGUUAUUAAUAAAUCAAAAUUAAAUAUUGCAAAGAUCGCAAUAUAUUAUAUACAAAAUAUUAUAAAUAGUUUCAAUAAAUUAAUAAUUAAUAGAUAUUAAGAUGAGUUAUAAAAAAUAAAAGUUACCAAAACAUA